AUGGCCCUUACUGCAGAAUUCCUGAGGUUUGUUCUUCUUGGCUUCUGCGUCGCCUAUUGUGUCAUUGGAAUCUGCUUCGCCGGGAUAGGUCUCUACGACAUUGUGCUAAUGCAAAGUCUACCCGAUGUUAGUUUUACGGUGAUAUGGGUGCCUACGCUCCUUCUGGUGCUCGGAAUUUCCCUCGGUUUUGUUGCUGUUUUUGGUUCUGUUGGCGCCGGGAGGAGAAAUAAGUGCCUUCUUAUCACCUUUGCCACAGAGUCAAUUCUCAUGCUGCUGGCGCCACUUGCUUUCGCAAUAUUCGCUUUGAUUAUGGGUGGACGGAUAUUCGCACUUACGCUGGAAGUUUUCAAGAAGGAUCAGAGUGCUGCAACAGCAUGGUGGGGUCCGAUUGAAAUGGCGUUUAACUGCUGUGGAGUAAAUGGUCCAGACGACUACACGACCAUCAGUAUUCCGGGCACCUGUUGCGAACCUGAAACCAUCGUGUGUGCUUCCGAGAACGCGUACAAACGGGUAAGCAAAAAGUUGUAG